AUGCGUGGAGAUUCAAAGCAAGAGGGAGAUGAAGAAAGCAAGCUUACAGUGAGCUGUGCUAAUGACGUAGAAGGGAUUCGCGUAAGGAAGAGAGGCGAUUCCAGAGAAGAAGAAGCAAAGGGAUUCAAAUCCCUAAAUUGGAACUGGGAUUUUCAAACUUGUGCUUUAAGAGUGUCGAUGACUCUUACCACCGUUAUUCCUCCAGAACAAACUGAAGAAGCAGCUCCAUCUGAUCACGCUGAAGAAGUUGAUCAAGUCUCGCUCAAUGAGGAUCUAGGUUUGGAGGUUGAGAACGAUGCCAACUUUUUCUAUGGAGAAUCAUCUUCAUCUCAGCCUGGCCGAGGUGUUCCAUUCUACGAGCUUCCACACUUAAGGUAUGAGCACGAUGUUAACUUUUCUUAUGGAGAAGCAUCUUCGUCUCAGCUGGGAGGAUUUGUUCCAUUUCACGGAUUGCCAUACUUAGGCUAUGAGCAGGAUCCUAACGUUUUUUACGGACAAUCAUCUCCAUAUCAGCCUCAAGAAGUUCUAUUCCACUGGUUGCCACGCUAUGAGCACGACUUCGAUCAUCAAACUGAGGAAGCGUUUCAUCCUCAGUUUGAACAAGUUUUGCAAGCUUCAUUCAAUGAGACCAAUACUGCCAGGUUAAAACCUGCGAGCAAGCUCGCUGUUGAGUCUUUAAAUAGGAAAACAUACAAGAAGGCUAGUGAUGUCGUAGGUGAGAAUGAAAUGUGUAGUAUUUGUCUAGAAGAGUUUGACGACGGAAGAAGCAUUGUGGCUCUACCAUGUGGACACGAGUUUGACGAUGAGUGUGCCCUGAAGUGGUUUGAGACCAAUCACGAUUGUCCUCUAUGUCGUUUCAAGUUGCCAUGUGAAGAUCAAUGA